AAGUUUUAAUCUUUGCCUGGCAGCCUAGAAAACUGACUUAUCUGAAUUUCAACUCGUUGAAUUCUUCAAUCAGAAACAGUUGUUUGUGUCAAACAGUCCAAGCCAAUCCAAUACCAAAUCAUCAGAUAUUCGAGGGACAAACAGAAAGAAAAGCUUUGCAAGUAAACGAAAUGCAAGAUCUUUCUUCAUGGAAGCCUCCCAAACCCUGAUUUGUCUAGUGUGGAGUCAGCCGCAGGCCCAAGAUCACAUUUAAAUCCCAAUAAAGAACUGCUUCUCAGCCUGUAAAAUUUUCAUGCAAUGAAGUGUUUUCAUUAUUUCAAGGACAAGUCUAGAAGCAGGGGACAAAGAUCAGCCCCAGAGUUGAAAGAAGAAAGGGAGAAAUCAGGGGACUAUUCAGGAGGGCCAGAUCGGAUCACAAAGUCCUCAUGCUCGGCAGCUUCUCCGCGUAGCAUACCGGAGUUGUACGAAGAAAGAGCUCAUAACUUGCGGGUCUUCUCUUUCUCAGAGCUUAGGCAAGCCACCCAUGAUUUCAGUUUGCUACUCAAGAUUGGCGAAGGCGGCUUCGGGAGCGUCUAUAAAGGUACGAUCAAGCCUGCUGAUGGAAAGGGUGAGCCUGUGGUGGUUGCUAUUAAAAAGCUUAACAAGAAUGGCUUGCAGGGACACAAACAAUGGGUGGCGGAAGUCCAGUUUCUUGGUGUUGUUGAUCACCCCAAUCUCGUCAAACUCAUAGGAUACUGUGCUGUUGAUGGAGAAAGAGGGAUCCAGCGUCUUCUGGUAUACGAGUUUAUGCAAAAUAAGAGCUUAGAGGAUCAUCUUUUCCGGCGUGCAUACCCUCCUCUUCCUUGGAAAACAAGAUUGCAGAUAACACUCGGAGCAGCAGAAGGAUUAGCUUAUCUGCACGAAGGUUUAGAAGUUCAGGUGAUAUAUCGAGAUUUCAAAGCCUCCAACGUGUUAUUGGAUGAGAACUUCAAUCCAAAGCUUUCAGACUUCGGGCUGGCAAGGGAGGGGCCGAUGGCUGGGCGUACUCAUGUUUCGACAGCCGUAGUUGGGACUUAUGGUUAUGCUGCUCCUGAUUACAUUGAGACAGGACAUCUCACGGAUAAGAGUGAUGUUUGGAGUUUUGGUGUGGUAUUGUAUGAGAUUCUUACAGGCAGGCGGUCAUUGGAACGAGGCCGCCCGAAAGCAGAGCAGAAACUCCUGGAAUGGGUGAAACAGUUCCCUGCUGAUAGCAAAAAGUUCAGCUCAAUAAUGGAUCCCCGUCUUGAAAACCAGUUUUCGACAGCUGCAGCUCGUGAAAUUGCUAAGUUAGCGAACACUUGUUUAUUAAAAAGUCCCAAGGAGCGGCCGAAGAUGAGUCAGGUGGUAGAAAGGUUGAAGCAGAUAAUCCAAGUUUCAGAUGAUGGAAAUGAUCGCGGGAAUGAGAGUGCUGAGGUACCUGAAAUUGAACCGGCUGGAACAGCUGAAACAGAAUCGAACUCAAAUCAAUUUGGUGUCUCGGAAUCAUGGAAAAGGCGGAUGGCACACCUUGCAAAACUGGGUGAGCAUGUAGAAGGUGCAAGUAGGAGGAGAUUGAUGAUGUUGCAGAGGGCCAAAGUGCCAUGAGUUCUCUCUUUAUUCUCUUUUCCUCCCCCCCCCCUCCCCCUUUGUCUGUAAAACAUGAGACCUUUUAUAGAGGGCCAGUUCCCGGAAUGGAUAUUAUCAAAUUGUGCCCUGACUUUGGCCUCCAUGUACAGUAAUCAAGAAAAAGAAAAAAGAAUAGAAAACCUUAGUAUUCCCCCUUUUUUCUUAUUGAAAAAACAAAAGUAUACAUAUUUCGUUUAUUUUGGGAUUCCCGUACAAUGUAUUGCUGUUUCUAUCCCAAAAUAUAGCUGUCCUCCCCCAGGUUCAUCA